AUGAAUUGUAAUAUUCAUAAUCUUGAUCAAUCAUUAUCUGCAAACUCGAAUUCUGAUGAAUUACAUCAAAUGAAUAAAGAAAUAAAUGAUAUUAAAUCAAAAUUACUCGAAUGUCAAAAAGAAUAUGAAUAUACAGAGGUAGAAAUACAUAAUGUCAAUCAAUUGAAAGAUAAAGGAAUAUAUGUAUUAAAUAAUGUAGAAAGAAAUUACAAUAAUUUAGAUGAAGAGUUAAAACAAAUUCAUUGUAACUAUGUAAAAUGUAUCGAGAAAGUUAAUUCUGAUAAUGACAUUAUUCAACAAAGAAUUAAUUCAUUAACAAUGCAAAGAGAUAACUUAAGAAAAAAAUUAGAUGAAUUAAAGAAAACAACAGAUGAAAAUAAUAAAAAAUUGAUAGAAAUCAAAAAUAUGAUUAUAAUUCAAGAGAAGAAAAAUAUUGCAUUAAUACGAAAAUUAAAAAGAAUUACAGAAAAUGUAUAUAUUACACCAGAUUUAAGAAGAAGAGUAAAUAUGAUUUUAAUGGAUUCCAGA